AUGGAAUUUGCUACUGUUGAAUGGUUUGUAUUAUAUUCUAUAAUAGCAAAUCAAAUCAAUGCUACAGUUAAGUUCGUUGCUCAUCCACAUUGUCAACAUCUUUUAACCACCUUAUGGUAUGAUCAAUUACCUGGUUGGCGUAAACGUCAUCCAUUUACAAAACUAUUUCUUUGCUUUUGUUUCAUAAUUGCAUUGCCAAUAUUAGCUCCGACAUAUUUAAUUCAUCCACAUGGAUGUGUUGGCCAGCUGAUGCGAAGUCCAUUGAUAAAAUUUAUUAAUCAUAGCGCAUCAUUUGCAAUUUUUAUAUUCCUACUAUUGAUUGCAUCAACUGAUACAUUAACAAAAACAGAUUUACAAAGACGUAGUGAAAUUCGUGGACCAGAUCCAAAUGUUAUUGAAAUGUUAAUAUUAUGGUGGGUAAUUGGAUUUGUAUGGAGUGAAAUGAAACAAAUAUGGGAAGAAGGUCUCAAAGCUUAUGUUCGUCAAUGGUGGAAUUGGUUAGAUUUCUUAAUGCUUGGACUUUAUUUGACUACUGUUGCACUUCGUGUUGUUGCGGUCAUAUUACGCAAAACUAAUCAAUAUGGAACAGAACCAUUGCCACGUAAUCAAUGGCCUGAAACAGAUCCAACUUUACUCAGUGAAGCAUUAUUUUCUAUUGCACAUAUAUUUAGUUUUGCAAGAAUUAUAUUUCUAUUUCAAAUUAAUGAACACCUUGGACCAUUACAAAUUUCACUUGGAAAUAUGUUAAUUGAUAUUACAAAAUUCAUUUUCAUCUUUCUAUUAGUAAUUUCUUCCUUUGCUUGUGGUCUUCAUCAAUUGUAUUAUUAUUAUCUUUCAAAUGAAGAAGACAAUAGACCACGUGCAUUUAGUUCACUUGUCAGUUCAUAUCGUACAUUAUUUUGGCAUUUAUUUGGAAGCAGUCAAUCGGGUAAUUUUGAAGUGACAUUUGUAAAUAAAACCAGCGGUGAACGUGAACGUAUGGAAUCAGCUAGAAAUACGAUGGUUGUAGGUGAAAUCCUACUAUUAAUUUAUCAUGCGAUGGCAAUUAUAGUCUUAGUAAAUAUGUUAAUUGCUAUGAUGUCUAAUUCAUUUCAAACUAUACAGAAUCAUGCAGAUACAGAAUGGAAAUUUGCUCGAAGUAAACUAUGGGUUGGUUAUUUUGAUGAAGGAUCAACGCUUCCACCACCAUUGAAUACAAUUAUAAGUCCUAAAUCUAUAAUCAGAUUCUUAUGUGGUAUAUUUCAUUUUAUAAUCUUAUUAGUAAAAAAAUGUCGAAAUUGUAAACUGUCAAGAAAUACCAAUAGUAAUAGUAAUAAACAUAAACAGACAAAAUUAAACACAUUGAAUCUUCAUUCAAAUCAACAAAAUAGUCAAACAGAAUGGGAUAUUGAAAUUCAAGAAACAAAUACAAAUGGAAUUUUUUCCAAUCUUGAUGUCAUGAAUAAACAAAAACAACAGUCUAUAAAAGAAACGAAACAAAGUAAACGGAAAACCUUUUAUCAGACAGUUAUGCGUCGACUUGUAAGAAGAUAUAUACAUCAAUCAAAGAAAACAAUGAGACAAGAUGGAGUGAAUGAAGAUGAUCUAUUGGAAAUUAAACAGGAUAUAUCAAGUUUAAGAUUUGAAAUACGUGAAGAUAGAAAACGGGAAGUUGUACGUGCUGUUUGUCAAUUAGAAAGUUUAAAACAAGAACUUGUUGGUGAAUUAAGUAAACAAAAUUCAAUAUUACAAAAUAUUCUCUUACCGUAUAAUGUUGCUACUGCUUCUUCUUCUUCUUCUUCUACUACUACUACUACUACUAAUACCACUAUUCCUAUCACUACAAAUUGUACAAUAUCAUCUUAUCAAAAUGCAAUUACUUCUAUUCAACAAACACUACCGAAAUCUGAAAUUGAAUUACCAUUAUCAGUCAAUAUACAAAAAAAGCAUUCAUUACAACAUUAUAGUUCAACGAGUAAUACUACUGAUCAGAUAUUAGAUUCAAUGAAUUCUAAAAUAAAAGAUUCUAAAAAGAAAUAUUCAUUAAAUUAUGAUAAAGAUAUUAAUUAUUUAACAAAAAUGAAUGAAAUAUUAUUUGAUUAUUCAUGGUUACCUAAUAAACAUAAUAAAAUUAAUACAGUUAAAGGAUUAUAUAUAGAUGAUUGGUAUCAAUUUAAAAAUAAAAUCAAAAUUGGAUUAAAAGAAGAACUCGUUUCAUUAAUUAAAAAUAAAUAUUUAAUAGUGAAUAAUGAAAAAUUAUUAAAUGAAUUAGAAACUACUAAUAAUAAUGAUAUUAGUAAUCAGAUUUUAUCAACGUCAUACAAUUCAUUGACAAAUGAAAAUAAAUUAGAUAUUUUUCAGAAUAAAAUUUGUAAUAAACAUUCUGAAAAAACAUUUUCAAGAUUUACACAAACAAAUUAUAACUUUAAAAGAAAUUCUAGACAGAAUGAUAAUAAUACUGAAGAAAUAAAACUAUCACAUUCAAAAUAUCCAGACAAUAUCGAAGAGAAAUUAUCUUGUUCAACAUUCAAAUUAUCAUCAUCAUCAUCACCCCCGCGAUCAUCUGUUCCAAACGAGGCCCUAUCAACAGCAAUAAUACCAUCGUCAUCAUCACGAUCCCAUGAUCAAUACCUUAUAGCUAGUACAAAUAAAGCAAUGAAAAAUAUAAACAUAUCAAAUACCUCACGUAUUAUACCUACUGUAUCCCCAACUCCGACUAAUAUCACUACUACUAAUAAUAGUAGCAGUAGCAAACAUCGUAACAGCAAACUACCAAGAGACAAACAUAAUAUUGAUAAAAAUGAAGGAAUAAUCAAAAUCUAUGAAACUUCUAAUAUCCAUUACGAAGAUGAUAGUAGUAGUUCAACAAUUAGGAAGUAAUCACAUAAUUUCUGUCAUAAAUCAAUAAAUGAUUUUAAAAGGUUAUUACCAUUAUUAUUAUUAUUAUU